AAAUUUUGUUUUAAAAACUCAGUUUUAUGUGGUAAAUCUCAGUUUUGGACAGUCAAAUAUAAAGUUAGCGACGAUUUCGCAAUACCGGAUGUUGUCAGAGUACCUUCAAAUUAAAAGUGGACGCUUAAAUUUGACAAAAAUUGGGUUCUUUCUGAAUAUAUUAGUAAAUGAGCGGCAUACUUCAUAUUAUUGUGAUCAUAAUGAGGGGGAACUAUUUAAUUAUAGACGUGUUGUGGCGACUAAAAUGAAUCGUGGUGUGGAGUUGCAUUUGCGUUGUCUUAUUUUAUUAGAAUAAACAAAUAACAACCUGUUGUCGCCGAGUGUUGCAUUGAAUAUAAAGUAAAGUCUAAAUCUAUUGGGAGUGGGAGUCUCAAUUUUGCAUUUUGGCAAACAAAACAAUCCUCUUUUGGGUCUAUAAAAAAAUAAAGUGCACUGUCCAACCCUACUCAGCUUUGUGUUGUCGAGUAGUCGUGAUGGCUGUUUUGGACAAAGCACAUUGGUGAAAAAUGAAUCUCAACAUGGCCCCUGUGCUGGCAGAAGCGGUGAAAGUGGUGUGUUUUGUAACAAAAUGUGCUCCUGUACACCCACCAGCAGUCCUGUUGUCUCAUCAGCUGUUGGAGGAUGCUGCCUCGGAGGCAGAUAUGAUGUAAUCCACCGCUCCAGUCCCGACCACAGGGAGACAGACGGAGAGCAGCCGCAGCAGCGCACGGUGGAGAAUCUCACCGCUUCACUACUUUCAUGAAACACAUCUGAAAAGAAAGAAAAACAAAAAACAAAACCUCCAUCGAGCGGGUUUGGAUCAGCGGAGUCAUGUCGGGGAGGUUUGUGUCAACCAGCCCGACGAGGAGGAUGCUGGAUGCGGGCCAGCUGUAGAGGCAGCACCGGCCGGGGAUGCUGCUGGUGAACCUGACUCUCUCUCUCUCUCCUCCUCCUCCCCACCAGCACCACCACCACUACUCCUCCAUCAGCUGUAAUUAACCACCGUGGCUCUGGAGUCGCCUCUCCCACAGCUGCUCCGACAUCCUCCGUGUGAAGAUGGCCCGCUCUCCGCCUCCGUCGCUGACAUCCGUCCGCCCGAGCCGUCGCCUUUUCGCCCACGAUGAGAGCAGCGCGCCCGCUUCGGAUCUCAACACUUGUAGGCCCUCUUCUGUCCGCUCCGGUCCACGUUACCACCUCUGAAGCGGCUCGGGUGAAUUUGUGUGUUGAGCUUAUUUUUUUUUUUCCACAAAUACACCUGCAGACAAACUGAUUUUUGGAGGGUUUUUUUGGGGGGAAGAUGGGCCGCGUCCACUGCCCUGCUGGGAUCUGAGUUUCUGUAAUGGCUCUGUGACAUCUCUCUGAGCCUCACCUGACCUCUUUCUUUGGGGACAUUUUUGGUUUCUUCCCCUGGCUUUGCUGUUGUUGCCCUGCGGGAGGGGGGGAAUGAGCAGCCUCCAUCCCUCCAGCAGACGCCCGCCCGCCGCUCCUGGUCUCCGCCGUGUGGCCCUGUGACUUCGGAGGGUGUGGAGGUCCCGACGAGCGUACAGCGUGGGGACGUUUGCCUUUCCAGCUCAGGUUCAAAUCAUGGCCAAUGAACCUGUCAUCCUCAACGUGUAUGAUAUGUACUGGAUCAACGAAUACACUUCCAAUCUGGGGAUUGGAGUCUUCCACUCAGGCAUCGAGAUUUAUGGCAGAGAAUUUGCCUACGGGGGUCAUCCGUACCCUUUCAGCGGCAUCUUCGAGAUCAACCCGGGCAACGCUGCUGAACUGGGAGAGACGUUCAAAUUCAAGGAGGCCAUUGUUUUGGGCACCACGGACUUCACAGAGGAGGACAUAGAUAAAAUCAUGGAGGAGCUUGGUAAAGAGUUCAAGGGCAACGCCUACCAUCUAAUGCACAAGAACUGCAACCACUUCUCCUCCUCGCUGUCUGAGUUGCUGUGCGGGCGUGAGAUCCCUCGCUGGGUCAACAGACUGGCGUACUUCAGCUCGUGCAUCCCCUUCCUGCAGAGCUGCCUACCCAAGGAGUGGUUGACCCCGGCCGCCCUGCAGAGCCACAUCAGCCUCGGCCUCCACAAAGAGGAGCAGAACGAGUCGAGCGACGAGGACCCUUCGUCUCCGUCCGGAGCAGCCGCGACCGGCUCCUCCCACAGCUGCCGCCACACGAGGGUGUGAACGGCGCCGCAUUCAUACACUGA